UAUACAUAAUUUAUCAGCUUCGCGUCACGCAAAAAACAAAAAUUAUGAAGCAAUUUAAAUGUUACAUCAACAUAAAAUAGUCAUCGUGUAAAAUACAGAGGAAUGAGAUGCUCAGUUAUUGGCGAGAGUUUCAUGUGCAAUGAUAUAUGUCCAAAGAGCAUUGGUCCGAUCUCUCUUUAAUGAUCGAGGUCGUGAAAUUGGAGCAACAUUUAUGGAGAAGUUUUUAUUGCGUAAAAUAAAAAGUCGAUAUAAUGACGAAACCGUAAUAAAUGUCGAGAAACAGUUAGCGCUAAAAAUCGUAACGAUUUUUCGAGCCAUUUCACUCUGCACAUUCUCGAAGAACAUCGUGCGAUCUGCUGUGUAUAUCGGUGCCCUAUUGACCAAUAUUCGACACAGGCAAGAUUUGCUGUUACCUGUAUUGGCUGAAGAGUUUCACUUUUAUAUGUAUGUGUGUGCGCGCACGCACGUUGAAAACGGACAAUUCAUUAAAAAAAUACUCAUGAUUAUACUCGUUUAUCGUUCAUCAACGGAAAAACGCAUAUUAAAAAUGAGCAAUCUCCUCAAAAAUAUUCAUACGCAUACUCGUGUAUAUUCGUUAUUAUACACGAGUGCUUGCGAGUGCAAGAAACGGGCAAAAAACGAUCCAUAUGAGAAGCAAAAGCGGUGA